AUGGCCUGCCUUGAAUUAACUCUAAAGUCGCUGUGCCUUCUGCUUACUUUUCACAAUACUUUGCAGCAAAACUUUUCUGCUCAACAGGUUAGGGAAAUCGAUCGUCACACAAAAGAAAACUAUGUCAUUUAAUUUGAGAUCUUUGCCAGCAAAAAGAUUGAGAAUAAUAUUGAUUUAGAGAGAGAUGUGAUUAUAGAAAGAGGAUCCUCCGAGGCAAACAAGGAAAUACAAAGAUGGGGAAUGAAAUACAAGAAAGCCUCGGGGGCCAAAUUUGAGAUGGCCAAUAAAGUGGCGGUGCCUCAGGAGCAACCCCUGUCAAAGAAGUUGAAUCUGGUAUCCGACCUGCUGAUGUCGAGCGCUAAAAUAGCCAAAGAUAUAAAAGUCUCAAAAACUAUAGACAAAUGGCUGUCGGAAAAACUGGAUGCGGCUCUAGCCAAUUCUAUUAAGAAGACAAAAAAUGUAAACAAAAUAGUGGCGAUCAUUGGAAUGUCAGUUUAUCCCCGUUGGAGUGUUCGGUUUGAAUCUCAGUUUAACAGAUAUUUUGUCAAGAAAUACGGUACAGGUCAUUUGAAAGGACCAUUAUGUGUUCCCAUGAUGGACUCUUUGUCCCUACUUGAAACAAUGGCCACCGACGAGGCUAGAGGUAUAUUCAUCCCAGUCAUAACCGCAGGCAUGGGCGUUUUGGUUCUUCUGCCGAGAAAGGGCGUUACCUGCCAGGAUGUCUUGAAUAACUUAAACACCCAGAUCAAUGCUGAAUUGAGUGAUCCCAGGAAAAUUCAUUUAUUACUGCCCAUUUUCGAGGUGAAAUUUGAACAGGAUAUAAGUAGAAUUUUGAAUAAUGUAGACAUAGCUGGCUUGUUUGGAAAGUCUAAGUUUGCUCCAACAUACAAAUUGACGAAUUCCUGCUCAAAACGGUGGUCCAAUUCGGCCCCAAUAAACUUCUAAGUAAGUCAAAUAUUUUUGUAUUAUCCUAUUUAACAUUUAUUAUUUAUUCCCUCAGAUCAAGUGAAUGAUAUUAAUACCCGACAUAAUGAAAAAUUCGAAGUAAAUCGUUUUUUUGUCUUUGUCAUUAAGGAUACAGAUAUUAUAUAUGCAGUUGGUCGAAUUGAAAACUUGGAUGGUUUGACUCCCAAUGUGACUUGUUCAAAUGAAUACCUUGAGAAGGACUAA